AUGAAUCCCUCGAUCUCGCUGUGCCUGAGCGGGUCCUUUCUGGUCGCGCCACCCACCAAAUCAGUGGACCUCAGAGGAAGCUCUCGGCCCUCACGCUCUUCGUCGUGCGAAGAAGGUCGACCCUUCAGUUUCAAUCGCGUCCUGGACAGUUUGAGCUCUUGCGCCGCGCUAUCGGACUUAAAGUCCGGUUCUUGCGUUCACGCGGCCACUGUAAAACGCGGGUUCGACGCCGACGUCAUUGUCGGCAACACGCUGCUGAAUUUCCACUCGAAAUGCGGGUGCGUGGUCGAUGCUGCAAAGGUGUUCGAGUGUAUGCCUGAGAGAACGGUGGUGUCGUGGACGUCGAUGAUGUCCGCCUUCUGUGAGGUCGGAGAAAGUGACAAGGUGGUCUCUAUGUAUGGGCAGAUGCUGCAAGAAGUGGACCCUAACGAGUUCUCGUUGUCCGUGCUUCUAAAGGCUUGUGCACGGAGAGCUGAUCCCAGAUUGGUUGAAUCGGUCCAUUGCUGUGUUGUUAAGGAAGGACGUGUCAUGGAUGGUUUCUUGAGUAAUGCCUUGGUGGGUGCUUACGCGAAAUCUGGAUAUAGGUUGGUUGCUGAGAAACUGAUUGGAGACAGCGAGGGCAGGGAUGUGGUCUCUUGGACUUCGCUUAUCUCUAGGGCCGUGGAAGAGGGAGAAGCGGAGAUGGCCAUGAGCUAUUUCUUUAGGAUGCAAGAAGAUGGGAUCGCUCCAAACGAAAUAACGAUUUUGAGCGUCUUGAGGGCGUGUUCCUUGAUCAACGAACUUCUGGUCUUCCAAUGGGUACAGGGCUUGAUUAUGAAAGUGGGAUGGUGCUUGGAUGAUUUUGUGUUGAAUUCUCUGUUGGAAAUGUACUUGGUUAAGGGUUAUUUCUUCGAAGGAAUGCAGAUUUUCUGCAAGUAUAUGUUCUUAGGCGAGGACCGGUAUCUUCAACCAGAAACAUUGGCUGUUAUCCUUCAGGGGUGCUGCCGUGUGGGCUUUCUUGAGCUGGGGAAACAGAUGCACUGUUAUCUGAUAAAGAAGAGAGCCUUUCCAAGCUUAGUGGUAGAGAACUCGCUCAUCAAUUUAUAUGCAGAAAACGGACGUGCACAUUCUGCAUUCGAACUCUUUAAAAGGAUGUCUGUCAAAGACAUCGUUUCUUGGAAUUGCAUCAUCUCUUGUCUUGCAAGAUAUGGGAACUACAGCGAUGCCUUAUUGCAAUUCAAGAAGAUCCACUGCAAUGAAGGCAAUGAACCAAGCAGUCCUGAUUUUGUCACGGCAUUGGCAAUACUUCAGGCUUGCUCAGAAAUGUCAUCAUCUCAGCUAGGUCAAAUGUUCCAUGGAUACAUAACCAAAACAGGAUUGGUUUGUGAUAUUUUCUUACAGAACUCUCUAAUCGACAUGUAUGGAAGGACGGGUAGAUUAGAUUUAGCAAAGAGCAUCUUCCAGGACAUGCAAAUUAAGGAUCUACCUUCCUAUAACUCUCUGAUCACAGCGCUGGGAAUCAAUGGAGAUGGGCUAUCUGCUCUUAGGGCAUUCGACAAGUUGAAGGAACUGGAAACAAUCCAACCAAAUGGAGUUACAUUCACCAACGUUCUUUCAGCAUGCGCCCAUGCAGGAAUGGUUGAAGAAGGGCUCGGGAUUUUCUACUCCAUGAAAAGAGAAUAUGGUAUCGAGCCAAGCAUGGAACACUUUGCUUGUGUGGUCGAUCUGUUGGCAAGAUCAGGUAAACUCGAAGAAGCUCUAACCUUCAUCAGGGCCAUGCCCACAGCGCCAGGACCCGCAGUCUGGGGGGCUCUUUUAGGUGCUUGCGCAAUUCACAACCGCAUUGACGUGGCUGAAGAAUCGGCAAAAUGGCUCUCGCUUUUGGACCAAAAGGGAAAAGCCUGGAGGGUUGGCUUGUCGAAUGUCUACGCGAGCGCAGGUCGAUGGGAGGACUCAUGGAAGGUGAGAGCUGAGCUGGAGCGAUUAGAUGGGAAGGAGGUAGCAUGGAGCAGCGUGGCUGUCCAAGGUGAGGAUGUGAAGUUCAUGGUUAAUGACACGAAGCAUCCGCAGAGUAGGAGUAUUUAUGAAGUGUUGGCGACGCUCACAAACCACAUCAAAUUGUAG